AUACAUUUAUGCGGCUAGUGUCAUAAGUCUCUAUGAGAUAAAGAAUGGAUCGUCUUCCAUUCGUUCAAUUCUCGUUCCUAUCUCAGUUGUUCAGUGUAACCAGCUCUUGACUGCUAUCCUGUUCAGAUAUUGAAAUCUAUAGCACCAAUUCCACAUAAGUCGCAUUUUACUGUGGUUAUGUGUUAAUUAUUACAACAUCAACUUAAAAUUUAGUUGACUGCCUUAGUUGAUGAACUAGAAGCAGAUAUUUUAGGGAGACACAAUAAUGUGAUGCAGACAUUUGAAAAAGACAUUUAUGUUGGAUAUUUAACAUGAAUUUAUUUUACUACUUCUGUACUGGCUUUUCGGUGAGACUUGCGGACUUCACAUUUAAUGGUUUACACAUUAGUUGAAGUAUUGUUCUUGCAAAAGAAUUUGAUAUAAUUCUGUUAAAUCCUCAAAGUUGGUCAGUUUUACUGCUGUUGGUCGAGUUUUCUUCGUUUUGCUACGCUUGAAGGGUUGUGUUUGUCUGGUCUGCCAGAAAUCUCGUCUCUGUCGUCUGCUGACGCCGGCUUCGGGCUGCUGCCGCUCAGACCACUACACAGCAAGCGCACUAUGCUUCCAUCAUCAUGCAUCCGCCCUCCCCUCCCCGUCUGUGAGGGUGGGGGAAACCGAAUCUGUUUCUGUUGCUGGCGUGCGGGCGUUCCCCGCCUGGUACGUCCCCGCAACAGACUGGCAACACGCCCAAAGUGAAAAAGUUGCUAACGCAGUAGCCUCUAGUAAAUAUUUUAUGGCAGAGAUGUUGUGACGAGACGACAUCUCAAUCUGGGAUCUAUGUGGGGCUAGGCAUGACGAUACCCUUCGUUUAAUUACUUCCAGGUAUCUUCGGUAAAGAAGUGUAAAGAAUCUUUGUAUUCUUAAAUCAUUCAAUGUACCUCUCCAAAGAAUGCUGAACAGUCUACCACAUUUUUAUGCAACUGACUCUUGAAGUUCUGAAAUGAAUAGCAGAUUCCAGUAAAUUGUGUUCCAAGUAGAUAUGGGUAACAAAAACAGUUGCUGUUCUUAUUCAAGUCCAGCUCCAAAACGUAAAGAUGAUUACCAAGAAGAGCCCCACAUGCCACGAGAAGGAGAAGGCAGUGUUGGAAAUAUUCAACAUAUUUCUGAACGAGAACCAGAAGAUUGGGAUGCUGAUCCAUCUUUGCAUCCUACAGCUUCAACCAUUUUUCUAGAGCGAUCUCGAAUACAAGAAAAUGGUCUUACAAGGAAGAAGAGUCAAAACCACAUCUUGGAUGCAGGGAAACCUGGUUUGAAAAAGAGUAGUUCCUGUUCAACCAUUUAUCUUGAUGAUAGUACUGUUUCUCAGCCUAAUUUAAAGAAUACAGUUAAAUGUGUGUCACUAGCUAUUUAUUACCAUAUUAAGCAUCGUGGAUCAAAUCGACAACUUGAUAUUUUUGAUGAGAAGUUGCAUCCUUUAACACAAGCACCUGUUCCUGAUGACUAUGAUCAGCAUAAUCCUGAACAUAGGCUCAUUUACAAAUUUGUUCGCACGUUGUUUAAUGCAUCUCAACUAACUGCUGAAUGUGCCAUCAUCACAUUAGUCUACCUUGAAAGGCUGCUGACUUAUGCUGAAGUUGAUAUUUCACCAGCGAAUUGGAAACGGAUUGUUCUAGGAGCCAUUCUUUUGGCGUCAAAAGUUUGGGAUGACCAAGCAGUAUGGAAUGUUGACUACUGCCUUAUUUUGAGAGACAUUAAUGUGGAAGACAUGAAUGAAUUAGAACGGCAGUUUUUAGAAAUGCUCCAGUUUAAUAUUAAUGUGCCGUCAAGUGUGUAUGCCAAGUAUUAUUUUGACCUCCGCACUUUGGCUGAAGACAACGAUCUUGCAUUCCCCACUGAACCUCUCAGUCGAGAUAGAGCCCAAAGAUUGGAAGCUAUGUCUCGUGUUUGUGAAGAUAAAAUCACUGCCGAAGCAGUGCGCAAUGGUUUAAAGAAGUGGAGAAGCUUUGAGACAUUAAAUGGUCAGCCUUCCAGGCGCAGUGUUGCCAUUUUGUCAUGAUUUUGUGAUGGUGCUGUGUAGGUUGUCCCUUUCUUUAUUUUUAAUCUCUUCCAUCUUUGUUGGAGCUAUUGUUUCAUUUAGCUGCACUGUUUGAAAAUCUAUUUUUUUGUUUGAUAAACAAAAUCAAAAGAAAUUAAUACUGCUAUCAUUCAAUACAGAUGGUCAUGAUCUGUAGAAUUUUAAAUGGUUUCCACCUCACUUUGUAUCUCUAGGAUGUGGCUGUGUUAGAUGAGCAUGUGGGUGAAACAAAUCAAAUAUCUUUUCAUAAACUUUGCAAGACGUGCCGAAAUUAUUAUACUGGUUAAUUCUUGUUUCUUUUCUUUGCACAUUGCAAUAGGUUCUUGCUUUGUUACCAUGCUGUGUCUAUUCCUUUAGAAAUUGGCCAUAGUUUUCCUAAUUUCUGACUGACUAAAUUCACCUUUCCGCAUCUUUCCUGGGACUGAAUUGUGUAUCUUGUAUAGUAUUGGGUACUCAUACCCAAUAUUUGUACUGGUUUGUGUUAGACUGAUCAAAGUGUCAUAUUGAAUUUUUUUUUCCUGUCAUCUUUUUUGGUAUAUGUCUACAUUCUGACUGGUGUUCUCCCUAAAUAUUUAUUACCUUGUAAGACAUGUUUAUUAUGAAUUUUUAUAUCUGUAAGUGAUGUCUGAACCAACAUUGUUUAUGAACAGCCUAGAUGAAGAGUUUUCAAUCAAUCAUGGUAACAAGUAAUCUAACACACAUGUGAUUAAUACAUAAUGCCAAACUUACUAUGAAAUAAUUUCAAAUAACCUUGAGACUAUGUUUGGCUAUGCAUUUAAAGGAAUGUUUCCAAUCCCAUUUAAAAAAGGAACUGAAAGGUAUACUAACAAUUUUACUCAUUCGUGGGUACUGAAAACCUCUGAUUGUAAGAUGCAUGCAGAUUUUUUAAGUUAUUGACAAUUGUUCUCUGCUGCUUCUUUUAAUGGAUGAAAAGAUGCACCUUAUGAUCAGAGUUUUACUGUAUUAUUAUUACUCUUAUUAUAUUUGUAUGUGUACUGUUUCUUAAAUUUGUUUAUUGUUAGUUUCACCUCUUACUAUUAAGUGUUUGUUCCAGUAGAUUGUAGGUCAUUGUUUUCCUGUGAAUGAAUUUUGAUUUACCAAACCCCAUCAGUUGUAUUCUUAGUCUUUUAGCUGACUUAGAAGUGCUUUGUAAGUCUGUAUUUGUGUCUGACAUUAACUUUGUUGUUUUAACUUUGUUCUGAUAUCUAGAAACACUACAACACAGCUCAAUAGUUGUUUUAAUUUUAAAACUUUCAUUGCUUCCUAGAAAGUAUAGCAAAAGCAAAUUUAUUUUUAUAUGGCUGUAGAUUUGUGUAAUUUUGAACUGAUCAGAUUGCAUAUUCAUAUUCCUUAUUACUUCCUUUGAACUAAUCAUUGAAACUGUUUGUCCUCUGCUUCCUGUCUGUACCAAAUUUGUCGUUUCUUAGUCUGUUUGGGGUUGCCUAAAACUCUGUUUUUUUUCCCCUAUGUUUAAAGGUAACAGUGCAGGUUAUUUUAAGUUUUUCUUUCUUCAUUUACAACUGUGUAUACCAUAUAUUUAAAGUAAUGCCUUGUUUCAUGAUUUGUUAAAGAUUGGCCACUGUAGUGAUGAGUACAGAUGUUAUUUUUUUUGUGUGGGUUUUCCUGAAGAAAUAAAGUGACAUCUACUCCUUUGAAUGGUACAUAGUGACCGCAUUUACCCAA